CCCGCCUUCCUCUUUGAGGUGAGGCAGUCAUGGCUAGUGCGUGUCCCGUCCGAGAGCUCUCUGAGGAACUCACUUGUCCCAUCUGCCUGGACUAUUUCUGGGAUCCUGUGAUCCUCACCGAAUGCGGCCACAACUUCUGCCGGGCCUGCCUGACCCAGAGCUGGGGGGAGGCGGCAGCAAAAACUUCCUGCCCGGUGUGUAAACAAACGGCUCGGCCGAGGGACCUCCGGCCGAAUCGGCAGCUGGCGAAUGUUGUCGAAAUAGCCAAAAAACUCAGUCUCCAGGGGGCGGAAGCCGAGAAGCGACUCUGUGAGAAGCACCGGGAGCCCCUGAAGCUUUUCUGUCAAACCGAUGAACUUCUCAUCUGCAGGAUCUGUGACAGAUCCAAGGAGCACAAAAACCACGAGGUGAUUCCUGCUGACGAGGCUGCCCAGGAAUACAAGGAUAAGAUCUUGAACUUCCUGGAGACUUUGAGGAUGAAGAGAGAGAAAAUUCUGGUGUAUUUAGCAGACACUGAAGAUGAAAGCCAAGAAAUGCUUACAAUUAUGGCAUCAGAGAGGCAAAAGACAGUGGGUGAGUUCAGAAGUUUAUACCAGUUGCUGAAAAAGCAAGAAAACCAUCUGCUGGCCCAGAUAGAAGAGGUAGAGAAGGAGAUAGCCAGAAAAAGGGAUGACCACCUGGCCACGUUCUCUGAGGAGCUCUCCUCUCUUGAAAGCCUCAUCCUGGAGAUGGAGGAGAAGCAGCAGAAGCCAGUGAGUGAAAUCCUGCUGGAUAUCAGAAGCAGUUUGCAGAGAUGUAAGGAGAAGGAAAUUGUUGAGAAUCCAGUGGCUUUCUCUUCUGACCUGAGACAAAGGCUCCGGGACUGCUGUGAUAUUGGUCCCGUUCUGGGGGGUAUCGUGAAGCAAUUCAAAGACACUCUGGUUUCUGAACUUCAAAUGCAAAAAGCAAAAGUGACAAAGCAGCAGCUGCAAAGGUCUUUAGAGCCAGGGAAAUCUGUUCCUUCAAUCAACCUGGAUCCUACAGGCAACCCCCUGUCCUCUUGUCCGCCAUCGGCUGACUUAACUGAUCUGACUAUGGAAGCCUCUCUAACUGGCUCAAGGGCACCCCAUCAUAACGGCUGUAUUUUCACUGAUGAUACCAGGGUGCUAGAAAGGAUAUCCAUUAUCAAUUGAUUACUAGCUAGGGAAGCCACAAGGAAUAUCCACAUUGUCUCCUGGAACAUAGCUGGGUGGAAGACUAAAGUGAAUGACUCAGAUUUUUUGGACGUUUUGAAAUCCUUUGAUUGUGUCUUCCUUCAGGAAACAUGGGCGGAAGACAGUUUUAGACUGAUGGAUUUUAAAGUUUUUAAUCUCCCUGCUUAUAGAACUCAUUCUAAAGGUUGCAGUAAAGCAGGCCUGGCUGCUCUGGUGAAAUCCAACUUACCAUU